AUGGCCAAGGAUGCGAUCCUCGAUGGCGUCUUCGCCAUCAACAAGCCCGUCGGCGUGAGCUCCGCCCAAGUCAUUCGCGACUGCCAAACCCAGUUCAACCCCUCGGCCUUCUUCGCCCCCAUGAUCACCCGCGAAAAAGACAAGCGGUCGGCCGAAAACGACAAGACCUUUCAGCGGCGCGGCGUGCUCAUUCUCGGCGUCGGCUCCGGUACCAAGGCUCUCCAGUCCUUCCUCGAGUGCACCAAGACGUACGAGCUCGUCGUCGUCUUCGGCGCCAGCACAGACACCUAUGACCGCGUGGGCCGGAUAUUGACGAGGCGGGACUAUUCUCACAUCACCAAGGACGCUGUGCUCGGCGCCAUGGAAUCCUUUAGGGGCAAGAUCAAGCAGAUCCCCCCUCUACUCCGCCCUCAAGAUGGAGGGAAGCCCCUUUACGAGUACGCCAGGGAGGGUAAGCCCAUCCCCCGCGAGAUUCCCACCCGCGAGGUCGAGACCAAGGAGCUCGAGCUGCUCGAGUGGUACGAGCCCGGCUCCCACAAGCACUACUGGCCCACCCAAGAGGCCGACGUUGUCGAGCGCCAAUUCGCCGAAAAGGUUUGGCGCCAGCAGGACGCCGGAAAGUCCCUCACGCCCGAAGAGGAGAAGGAGGAGGCCGACGCACUCGCCGCCCACGAGGCUGUCAAGCGCAAGUUCGAGACCGACGUCGACGGCCUCGUCCGCGACCGGCCCCCUUCAAGAAGCAAAAGAAGCUCGGCCGCCAAAACGGUUCCAACCUCAUCCCUGCUACUGACCCGAACGCGCCGGCCCCUGGGACGGACCCGGGCCCCCGCUGCCCGCAUCCGCAUGACCGUCACCUCAGGCUUUUAUGUCCGCAGCUUCUGCCACGAUCUCGGUGCCAAACUCGGCUCCGCUGCCCUCAUGGCCGAGCUCUGCCGUUCCCGGCAGGGCGCCUUCGAGAUUGGCGGCUCCACAUGCAUGGAGUAUGCCGAGAUCGAAAAGGGCGAGGAUGUGUGGGCUCCCAAGGUCGCUUCUAUGCUUCGCCACUGGGCAGAGAAGGGAUCCGCCCCCGAAGCUUCCCCCUCGUCGUCGAUCCCGCCCAAGUCUCACACAGAGAACGGAGACGCCAAGGCCACGACAACCCCUCCUCAGCCUCCUCCCGAUGCGGAGACGGUACCCCAAAAGGUCGAGACUGAGGCCGCCACCAAGCCAGCUUCGAGCAACGGGGCGGGUCCUGCUACGCUCGCAGUGCCUAGCAAAGAGGACGACGAAAUGUCUUGGAACGGAUUCCAAGACUAG